CUCAACGCCCGUCGCUGUGCUCCUCAGUCAGUCGAACUCGCACGCGAGAGGUGUGUCUGUGACACCUUCACCCAGGGGACUACAUUGUUCCCCUUCUUUACCUAAAAAGCUACAUUUCGUUCUAUCCUCCCUACCUUUUCCCUAAAUUCCGCACCGACCGAAUACCCACAACUUUCACAAUGGCCUCCGACUCCACCUACUUGGCCAUCCCUGGCUCUGUUGCCUUCUCCCGUUCUCGUGGGCGUGCAAUUGCUGCCAGCAUUGGUGCACAGGAUGUCCGUGCCCAAUGGGUUCACUACGUUUACCUCUCCCAGCCGCUGGACGCCCCCCAACAAGGUGUCUUGGAACAGCUCCUUCACUAUGGCGAUAUCACCGACGUCCCGCCCUCGUUCAGCGCUGAAGAUGGUCCUUCCGAUGUCUUCCACAUCUUCCCUCGCACUGGUACGAUCUCCCCUUGGAGCUCUCAGGCUACCGGUAUCUCCCACGUUUGUGGCCUGCGCAAAUACGUCAACCGCAUUGAGCGGGGUAUGAAGAUCUCCUGUCUGCGCGCAGGCUCUGGCGAGUACAAGUCGGGAUACCAGGAUAUCUUGCACGAUCGGAUGACACAGGUCAUCAGCGAGGAAGAACCUGACUUGCACCUGAUGUUCUCCGAGCACAGCCGUCUGCCUCUCGAGACGAUUCCUCUGCACGGAAGUGGCAAAUCUCCCAAGGAGGUCCUGCAGGAGGCAAACAAGCGGCUUGGAUUGGCUCUUGAAGAAUCCGAGAUCGAUUACCUGGCUGAAGCCUAUGGUCCCAACGGCCCUAUUGCUCGCGAUCCGACCGAUGUCGAGCUGUUCAUGUUUGCUCAGGUCAACUCCGAGCAUUGCCGUCAUAAGCAGUUCAACGCAUCGUGGGUCAUCGAUGGAAAGCAAAUGCCCAACAGUCUGUUUGCCAUGAUCCGCAACACCCACAAGAAGCACCCAGAGUAUACUGUUAGUGCCUAUAGCGACAACGCUGCUGUCCUUGAAGGAGACGAAUCCGCUUUCUGGGCUCCCAACUCGGCCACCGGUGAAUGGAACCACACUAAGGAACUUGUUCAUUUCCUGGCUAAAGUCGAAACACACAACCACCCCACGGCUGUUUCCCCCUACCCCGGUGCUGCCACCGGAUCUGGUGGUGAGAUUCGUGAUGAAGGUGCUGUGGGCCGGGGUUCGAAGCCCAAGGCUGGUCUCGCUGGUUACUGCGUUUCCGAUCUCCUCAUCCCGGAUCUGAAGCAACCUUGGGAGCUCGAUGUUGGCAAGCCAAACCACAUCGCAAGCAGCUUGGAUAUCAUGCUUGAGGCACCCAUUGGCAGUGCCCACUACAACAACGAGUUCGGACGGCCCUGCAUCGCCGGUUACUUCCGUACCCUCUUGACUGAGAUUGACGUGGGUAACGGCCAGACCGAGCUCCGCGGAUACCACAAGCCUAUCAUGAUUGCCGGUGGUGUCGGAACCGUUAGACCCAACCAUGCCAUCAAGAAGCCCGAGGUUGUCAAGCCUGGAGCCUUCCUUGUGGUGUUGGGUGGACCUGCCAUGCUGAUUGGUCUCGGUGGUGGUGCUGCCUCUAGUAUUACUUCUGGUGAAGGGUCUGCCGAUCUUGACUUUGCCAGUGUCCAGAGAGGCAACGCUGAAGUUCAGCGCAGAGCUCAGGAAGUGAUCAACGCAUGCACGGCCAUGGGUGACAACAACCCCAUCAAGUUCAUUCAUGAUGUUGGUGCUGGAGGUCUCUCCAAUGCUCUUCCUGAACUGAUCCACGACUCUGGUCUGGGAGCCACUUUCGAACUUCGUGAGGUGGACAGUGCCGACAAGAGCAUGAGCCCUAUGCAGAUUUGGUGCUGCGAAGCUCAGGAGAGAUAUGUCCUGGCCGUUGGCGAGGAGAGCAUGAACAAGUUCACUGCUAUUGCUCACCGCGAACGUUGCGGUUUCUCCGUCGUCGGCCGUGGAGGUGGCACGUCGGAGGAAGAGAAGAGACUUAUUCUUCUGGAUAGGGACUCCACCGAGUACCCUAGGCCCAUUGACCUGCCUCUCUCUGUCCUCUUCGGAAAGCCUCCCAAGAUGACUAGGGUUGUGGAUUCUCGCAAGUUGAAGCUGCCAGCUGUGGAUGCCAGCCUCACCACGUAUCUCCCAUCGAUGGCCUCGAACAACCUCGAACUCAUCGGUGAAGCCGCGAACAGGGUCCUGUCUCUCCCCGCCGUUGGCUCUAAGUCUUUCCUCAUCACUAUUGGUGACAGGACAGUUGGUGGUCUCACUGCCCGCGACCAGAUGGUUGGCCGGUGGCAGACUCCUGUUUCCGACGUUGCUGUCACUGCCACGGCGUUGGUUCAAGGUGUUAAGACCGGUGAGGCCAUGGCCAUGGGUGAGAAGCCCAGUCUUGCUUUGAUCUCCCCUGCGGCUUCCGCACGCAUGGCGGUCGCAGAAUCUCUUAUGAACAUUGCUGCCGCUGAUCUGGUCGACCGCCUGAGCCGUGUGAAGCUUUCCGCCAACUGGAUGUCGGCUAGCAACCAUCCAGGCGAGGGUGCUGCCAUCUAUGAGGCUGUUGAGGCCAUUGGUAUGGACCUCUGCCCCAAGCUUGGCAUCAGUAUCCCUGUUGGAAAGGAUUCUAUGUCCAUGAAGAUGAAGUGGAAGGAUGAGGCUUCUCAGGAAGCCAAGGAGGUUACUGCUCCCAUGUCUCUGGUCAUCUCUGCCUUUGCCCCUGUUGGCAACUUCCGAAAGACCUGGACCCCUGCCCUUCGUCGUCCCGAGGAGGUUGGCGAAUCUGUUCUCAUGUUCGUCGAUCUUUCUUUCGGUCGGAAGACUCUGGGUGGUUCUGCUCUUGCUCAAGUCUUUAAGCAGGUCGGUGACGAAUGCCCUGACGUGCGUGAUGUUGAGAUCUUCAAGGACUUCUUCGAUGCUACGCAGUCUCUGCAAGACGCUGGUAUCGUUCUGGCCUACCACGAUCGCUCCGACGGUGGUCUCUUCACAACUCUUGCGGAGAUGAUGUUCGCUGGACGCUGCGGUGUUGAGAUCAUGCUCGACAACAUCUGCUCCAGCUCCAGCACCAAGGAUGUUGUGGAGACCCUCUUCACCGAGGAACUGGGUGCCGUGUUCCAGGUCCGCAAGGAGCACGAAAUUCAGUUCCGCUCUUGCUUUGCCACCUGCGGUCCCCCUGCUGGUCUGAUCCACAAGAUUGGACGUGUCUCCGAGAAGGCGAAGACAAACCUUACUAUUUACCACAAGCACACCCUGGUGUACCGCAACAGCCGCGCCAACCUCCAGAAAACCUGGGCCACCACUUCCUACAACAUGCAGAAGAUCCGUGACAACGCUGCUUGCGCCGACCAGGAGUUUGCCAGCAUUGCCGACGAUGCCGACCCGGGUCUGUCCUGGAACCUGACCUUCGACCCGAAGGACAAGGCCAUGCCUUUCAUGACCAGCCUGACUCAAAUGUCACCCUUCAGCAACAAACCCCGUGUUGCCAUUCUCCGUGAGCAGGGUGUCAACAGUCAAGCAGAGAUGGCGUUUGCUUUCAGCAAUGCUGGCUUCUCUGCCGUUGACGUUCACAUGACCGACAUCAUCUCCGGCCGUGUAUCCCUCGCUAGCUUCGUUGGUCUCGCCGCCUGUGGUGGUUUUUCGUACGGUGAUGUUCUCGGUGCCGGUCAGGGUUGGGCCAAGUCCGUCCUGCUGCAUGAGAACACCCGCAACGAAUUCAAGUCCUUCUUCCAGCGUCCUGACACUUUUGCUCUUGGUGUCUGCAAUGGUUGCCAGUUCCUUUCUCGUCUUAAGGAUCUGAUCCCUGGCGCUCAGAACUGGCCCAGCUUCGAGCGGAACGCCAGCGAACAGUACGAAGGUCGUGUCUGCAUGGUCCGCGUCUCCGACCCCAAUCCUUCCCGCCCCAGUGUCUUCCUGCACGGCAUGAACGGCUCCUCUCUCCCCAUCGCCGUCGCCCACGGUGAGGGUCGCGCCUCGUUCGCUCCCGCUUCCGGCACCACCCCUCAGUCGUUCGUCAACGAUGGCGGUGCUGUCGUCCAGUAUGUCGACACUGCUACCCUCAAGCCGACCAUGAAGUACCCUGCCAACCCCAACGGCAGUCCCGAGGGUAUUGCGGGUAUCCGCAACGCUGACGGUCGUGUCUUGGCUAUCAUGCCUCACCCCGAGCGUACUGUUCUGGGUGGUAUUGCCAGCUACCUGCCUACCAAGGCUGAAGAGUGGGGUGACAUCGGUCCUUGGGGCCGUGUCUUCUACAGCGCCAGAAGAUGGGUUGGUUAAAAGGGUAGCAUAUAAGUUACUCCUUGCCACUUUUUUGUUUCGUUACUACCUAUCUCAAAAUUGGGGAUCAUUUUGUCCGCUGUCUAUUACAUGAGUGUCGAGAAAAUGUGCGGUGCAUGUUAUUGGCCUUUACGAUAUAAAUUAUACUAUGAACAUUUUAUUUUCCAUCUUAAACUCUUGAUGCAUUUACGAUGAUAUGUUGUGAAAUAAUCUCUUUUUACCUACCUUGCAAAUACUCUACAUAGGAAAUAGGAACCAGAAUGUGAUCUUUUCAAUGAAUCACGUGGGGCUUAUAUCGUGGG